UCGUACUUUGUGUGAAUACUUAACAUUAAAGACCAGACCCCUCGAAUCUUUGGCACCCCAAGCAACCUUUGGUUCAAGCAAUUCUACAAUUCUCUCAAUGUGUCUCUCUCUUUUUAACUCAAAAAAUCCCAAACCCCAUGUUGUCUUUCUUCUUGGGGUUACAUGAAUUGUAGCUAUUGUGGACAUACAGAAUGCCAGGCAAAAUGGCAGUCACACAUGCUGACCUUGAACCAAGCCGUCGAAGCACAGACUUGGGUAGCAAAAUUGGGGUCCUUCUUAUGAUCUUAACCAUUCUCUGUGGCUUGUUUUGCUUCAUUCUCUGCCUCGUCUCAGAAGCCACACGUUCUGAGGUCACAUGGGUGGGGACUAAUGAAAAAGGAAAAGGAGCGAAAUAUGAAUGUGUAUAUAGUGGCAGUGGGAAAACACCAUUGUUGUGUGCUGCUGCUGCAUUUGUUGGACUAGCAGUUGCCAUGGUGAUAGAACAUACCUACAUUUUGAUUGCAGUCACUAAUUCUCCACCUCCAGCUUUGGUUUCAUGGGACCCUGACUCUGCUCCUGCCAAUUAUCUAACAUGGCAAGCCGGCUUUUUCUUUGUUACAACUUGGAUUUGUUUUGCUGUUGGUGAGAUUUUGUUGUUGAUUGGAUUAAGUGUAGAGUCAGGCCAUCUCAAAAAUUGGAAUAGGCCAAGACCAAAUUGCCUAAUUCUCCGAGAAGGCUUAUUCUCUGCAGCUGGAGUUUUUUCAUUGACUACAGUCUUCCUUGCUGCUGGUCUAUACUUGACAGCAUUGCGUGCCCAAAUAAUAUCCCAAGAGCUAGCAAAUGUCCAGCGUGAAGUGCUUGAGGCCUCGGCCCUGUACGCGACUCCACCAUCUUCACCCCCACAUGGAAUCACAACCAUUGCAAGGGAGAAUCCCAUUACUAGAGAGAAUCAUGAUCAGCAACCAUUGUUUGUCUUUCCACAGGCUUUUAGCAAGCACUCAAAUUUAGUGUGAAGCAAGCAAAGGAUAGUUUGUGCCUCUAGCUAAGCUAAAGGCACAAGUUAGGUCUACAUCUUAUACAAGUGCAAUGGAGAAGCUAAAUGUUCAUAAUCAUAACUAUGUAAUUACAAUUCAUUUAAUUUUGUAAAUUAACUUUUGUAAAGUUAACAGAGAUUUGUUGAGAUAAGAAUA